AUGCUGGGAUCCAAAGGCCUCAAAGGCCCCAGUGCAGCCGCUGCGCUUGCCCGUCAGCGUAUGACUGCAAUCUCCCGCUCUUCUCGGUCGAUUUCCACCUUCCGCUCACAAACCCUGCGCGAAUCUACCCAACGGGCUCAAUUAAAGUCUCCCCUGUCUGGCAAUGCCUCAUGGCGCAUUGCACCUGCCGUUGCUGGCCCGGCCGCAAUCCGAUUCAACUCCACUUCCUCUAGUCCACUGCCCGCCGAAGUCACCCCCGAGGCCUCCGCAACCGACUCAUUGACCAAUUUAACGGACAUCCAUGAUAUCACCGCUAUUCCCGAGCGCAUCGGAUACUUGAAAGAACUUGGCUUGGACUACGGCUGGGGACCCUCAGCGGUCAUGCAAUGGCUCAUCGAGCACGUCCACAUCUAUAGUGAUUUGCCUUGGUGGGCCAGUAUCGUGGCCGUCAGCGUUGUCACUCGUAUGCUUCUGUUCAAGCCUGUCAUGGAUGCCUCCGAAAAUGCUGCCAGAUUGACCAAUGCCAAGUCCAAGAUUGACCCGCUUCGAGCCAAGAUGGUCACCAUGGCACGCGAUGGAAAGCAGCAAGAAGCGCAAAUCGUGAAGGCUCAGCUGUCCCAGAUCCACAAGGAGGAGGGCAUCAGCACAAUGAAGACGGUUAUUCCCAUGUUGCAGAUUCCUCUCGGUUAUGGAUGUUUCCGAACUGUGCGAGGCAUGACCAGUUUGCCGGUGCCCGGCAUCGCCUCAGAGUCGGUCGGCUGGAUCAAUGACCUUACUGUCGCUGAUCCAACAUUCAUUCUGCCAGCAGUCGCCGCUGGAAUGCUCGUUCUUACUCUCAAGAGAGGUGGUGAAACCGGUGCUAUGCCCAUGAUGGACUCUUCCGCGGGUAAGUCCAUCAUGUAUGGUCUUCCUGCUAUCUCCUUCACUUUCAUGUCCUUCAUGCCCAGUGCGCUUCAGCUUUACUUCGUUGCCUCUGGUGUGUUCGGUCUGACCCAAACCCACAUCAUCAACUCGCCUACAUUCCGAAAGUGGGCGAACAUGACUAUCGCCAAGAAGCCCGUUGUGGAUGGACCAUCUGAAUCCGUCAAGAACAUCCAAAGCAAAGCGCUCCGUGUGACAUUGGAACGCAUUGAGAGGGAGAAGGCCGCGAAAAAGAAGGCAUAUGAGCAAAGCCUCGUGCAACCGAAGGAAGAGGGCCCGAAGGUCAGCUUCAUUGACCGCAUGCUGAGCCAGGGCAAGAACCUGGGCAAGAACAUGUCUAAGGAAAUUUCCGAGAAGUUCGGAACCUCAAGCAUUGAGGAGCGAGAGCUCAAGGAGCAAAAGAAACGUGCGGGCGAAUACGAAGAAGAGCGCAGGAAUGAGGAUGAAGUUCUGCGGGCCCAGCGUAACGAGGCCCGCCGAGUGGAACACAUGAAGAUCCUUGAGAAUGAGAAGAACAAGGCUAGCCAGUCUUGGAAGGCCAACAGAGAGGGUCAGCGCGGCUCUCGACGAGGUUGA